AUGGUGGGCGAAAUCGAGUUGGCCGGGCUAUUUGAGAGCCGCGACUCGAUAGACGGGUAUGAUGUCAGCAAGAACCUCUCGGACUACGAGGACCGGCUCGUGUCCGGGCUUCACUUCUCCAAUUUCUCCAACUUGGACUGGUUCAACUCGUCCAACAUGUCCGAGCUCAUUGCUGAGAACUCGAGUACCGAGACCCGGGACGCCGCGGCGCCGAAACCUGCUUAUUUAUUCCUCGUGUUCCUGCUGUUCUCCGUGUUCACGGUGUUCGGGAACGUGCUCGUCAUCCUGAGUGUGUGCCGUGAGCGCGCCUUGCAGACCGUCACCAACUACUUUGUCGUCAGCCUGGCGGUGGCGGACGUGCUGGUCGCCGCGGUGCCGAUGCCAUUCGGCGUCUAUGUCCUGGUGAGUCCAACGAAAUCCCGCGGAAACCCCCGGUCUGAAAGCAUUUCCGUGUCCCGUGCAUUUGCGAUCGCGGCGGCUCUGGGUGCACGGGCAGGACAAAGAAAGCUUGACUGCGGCCGCGCCAACUGCCUGGCAUAA